AUGCUAAUAUCGGCUUGAGAGGCACAGCAUCGCGUUUCUGCCGGCAGUCAGUGGUGGCUUCCAGAGUCUGAGCAGGCUCCUUCACAGCCAUGGCUGAGGGCGGAGAAGGGGAAGAUGAGAUCCAGUUCUUGAGGACUGAUGAUGAGGUGGUGCUCCAGUGUGUGGCCACCGUCCAGAAGGAGCACCGCAAGUUCUGCCUGGCCGCCGAGGGACUCGGAAACCGUCUGUGUUACCUGGAAUCCACAUCUGAUGCUAAGUAUGUUCCUCCAGACCUAUGUAUUUGUAACUUUGUGUUGGAGCAGUCCCUGUCAGUGCGGGCCCUGCAGGAGAUGCUGGCUAACACUGGGCAGAACAGCGAAGGGAGUGCUGACCAUGAAAAAUGGAGGUUGAUUAAAAAGGCGGGUCAGGGGGGUGGACACCGGACCCUGCUCUACGGUCAUGCCAUCCUCCUUCGCCACUCCUUCAGUGAUAUGUACCUGACCUGUUUGAAGACAUCAAGGUCUCUGACAGACAAGCUGUCAUUUGAUGUUGGAUUACAAGAAGAUUCAAUAGGAGAGGCCUGCUGGUGGACCAUCCACCCUGCAUCCAAGCAGAGGUCCGAGGGAGAGAAAGUCCGCAUCGGAGACGACCUGAUCCUUGUCAGUGUGUCGACAGAGAGAUACCUGCACCUCUCUAUCUCCAAUGGCAACAACCAGGUGGAUGCCUCCUUCAUGCAGACCCUGUGGAACAUCCAACCUACCUGCUCUUCAGGCAACAUGACUGUAGGGUUUUUGAUUGGUGGACAUGUGAUGCGUCUUUGUCAUGGGCAUGAUGAGAGCUUGACCAUCCCUGGAGCAGACAAGAGUAUGGAGGAGCAGAGGAUAGUCAACUAUGAGGCGGGUAAGGGAGCAUCAAAGGCUCGCUCACUUUGGAGACUGGAGCCUCUCAGGAUCAGCUGGAGUGGUAGCCACAUUCGCUGGGGUCAGGCCUUCCGACUACGCCACCUCUCUACUGGCCAUUACCUGGCCCUGACUGAGGACCGUGGACUGGUCUUGCAGGACAGGGAGAAGUGCGACACCACGGCCACUGCCUUCUGCUUCAGGCCCUCCAAGGAAAAGGGCGACUUGGGCCCAAAGAGGGACAUUGACGGCAUGGGAGUUCCAGAGAUCAAGUACGGAGACUCUGUCUGCUUCGUCAUGCAUGUGGCAACAGGACUGUGGCUGUCUUACCUGGCGCCUGAUGCCAAAUCGUCUCGCCUGGGACCCCUGAAAAGAAGGGCCUGCCUGCAUUCUGAGGGCCACAUGGACGAUGGGCUUAUCCUGCAGCGCUGUCAGCAUGAGGAGUCUCGAGCUGCUCGCAUCAUCCGCAACACCACGUUCCUCUUCGCCAACUUCAUCAAGGCUUUGGACAGAACAGCGGAGGGUGAGACCAUGGUGGUGGCUGGGUAUGUUGAAGAGGUGCUGCAGACGCUGAACGACCUGAUAGAGUACUUCAAACAGCCCGAUUCAGAGCUGGAGCACGAGGAGAAACAGUGUCUUCUCCGUUCACUCAUCAAACGUCAAGACCUCUUCAAGGAGGAGGGCAUGCUGACCCUCCUGUCCAAAUGCAUUGACCGAAUGAACCUAUACAACAGCGCUGCCCACUUUGGAGAGGUUGCUGGGGAGGAGGCAGGCGCAGCGUGGAAGGACAUUCUCAACCUCCUCUAUGAACUCUUGGCUGCACUGAUUCGUGGGAACAGGAACAACUGCACCCAGUUUUCCCGCAACUUGGACUGGUUGGUCAGCAAACUGGAGAGACUGGAAUCUUCAUCAGGGAUCCUGGAAGUCCUUCACUGUAUCUUGGUAGAAAGUCCGGAGGCUCUGAACAUCAUUCAGAGAGCUCACAUAAAAUCCAUAAUCUCUCUGCUCUAUAAGCAUGGACGCAACCACAAGAUUCUGGAUGUCCUGUGUUCCCUCUGUGUUUGUAAUGGGGUGGCAGUGAGAGCCAAUCAGAAUCUGAUCUGUGACAACUUGCUUCCCAAGAGGGACCUGCUGCUUCAGACUCGACUGGUCAAUGAUGUUCAGAGUAUGAGGCCAAACAUCUUCCUGGGCGUGGCUGAUGGUUCAGCUCAGUAUAAGAAGUGGUAUUUUGAGCUUGUGAUUGACCAGGUGGACCACUUUGUAACUGGAGAGCCGACCCACCUGAGGGUAGGCUGGGCCAACACUAAAGGCUACGCUCCGUACCCUGGUGGAGGAGAGGGAUGGGGUGGUAACGGUGUCGGGGAUGACCUGUACUCUUACAGCUUUGAUGGACUUCAUCUCUGGUCAGGCCGAAUCCCGAGGGCCGUGGCCUCCAUUAACCAGCACCUGCUGAACUCAGACGAUGUGAUCAGCUGCUGUCUGGAUUUGGGUGCUCCCAGCAUGUCCUUCAGGAUCAACGGGCAGCCUGUCCAGGGCAUGUUCGAGGACUUCAAUACCGAGGGAUUCUUCUUCCCCGUUGUCAGCUUCUCUGCAGGUGUCAAGGCUCGUUUCCUGUUGGGUGGACGCCACGGAGAUUUCAAGUUCCUGCCACCCGCUGGUUACUCUGCGUGCUACGAGGCGCUGUUGCCCAAAGAGAAGAUGCAUGUAGAGCCUGUGAAGGAGUACAAGAGGGACCACGAAGGGGUCCGUGACCUGCUGGGAACCACCCAGUUCCUCUCUCAGGCCUCCUUCAUCCCCACUCCUGUUGAUACCAGCCAGAUUGUUCUUCCCCCUCACCUGGACAACGUCCGGGACAAGCUGGCAGAAAACAUCCACGAACUGUGGGGGAUGAACAAGAUUGAACUGGGCUGGACCUAUGGCAAGGUUCGUGAUGAUAACAAGAGGCAGCACCCUUGCCUUGUGGAUUUCACCAAGCUGCCUGAAACUGAAAGGAACUACAACCUGCAGAUGUCCAGUGAAACACUUAAGACCCUUUUGGCUCUUGAAUGCCAUGUUUCCCAGGUCAACGUUCACGCUGAGGACGAUCUGAAGAAAAUCAAACUUCCCAAAGACUACAUGAUGUCUAAUGGUUAUAAGCCUGCGCCACUGGAGCUCUCUGACGUGAAACUGACUGCAGGUCAGGAGGUUCUAGUUGAUAAACUGGCCGAGAAUGCACACAACGUGUGGGCCAAAGACAGAAUUAAACAAGGAUGGACCUAUGGCAUCCAGCAGGAUUUGAAGAGCAGGCGUAAUCCUCGCCUGGUGCCAUACGCUUUACUGGAUGAGCGCACUAAGAAAUCUAACAGAGACAGUCUGAGAGAGGCCAUCAGGACCAUGGUUGGAUAUGGAUAUGACAUCGACCCCCCAGACCAGGAGGGCACCCAUGUGGUGGAUGAUCAGAGCAUCGAGACCAUCCGCCUCUUCCGUGUGGAGCAGACAUAUGCAGUGAAGACGGGAAAGUGGUACUUUGAAUUUGAGGCCCUGAGUGGCGGUGAUAUGAGGGUUGGCUGGGCCAGACCAGGCUGCAGGCCCGAUGUGGAACUAGGAGCGGAUGACCAGGCCUUCGUCUUCGAUGGAUACAGGGGUCGACGUAUGCAUGCAGGCAGCCGCUACUUUGGACUUCCUUGGAAAAAGGGCGACGUGGUCGGUUGCAUGAUCAACAUGGAGGACAAAUCCAUGAUUUUCACCCUGAACGGAGAGCUCCUGAUCACCAACAAGGGCUCUGAGCUUUGCUUCACUGACUUUGAGACAGAGGACGGUUUCAUCCCUGUGUGCAGUCUGGGCAUGUCUCAGAGCGGACGUAUGAACUUGGGUAAGGAUGCCAGCACUUUAAAGUACUACACCAUGUGCGGUCUCCAGGAAGGCUUUGAGCCCUUCGCUGUCAACAUGAACAGAGAUAUCACCAUGUGGUUCAGCAAGCGCCUUCCCACUUUUGUCAACGUACCCCAGGACCACAUACAUAUCGAGGUGACGAGGAUCGACGGAACGGUAGACAGCCCUCCCUGCCUCAAGGUCACCCACAAGACGUUUGGCACACAGAACAGCAACAAUGAUAUGCUCUACUGUAGACUGAGCAUGCCUGUGGAGUUCUAUUCUGUAGACAAGUUACUGGACGAAUCACUGAAACUCAGCCAUCCUCCAAAAGAAGAUGGAACUGUUGACUACGGAAGCAUCACAACUUACUACCACUCAGUGAGAGUGUUUGCUGGACAGGACCCUGCGUCAGUGUGGGUGGGCUGGGUCACUCCGGACUAUCAUUACCAUAGCAAGAACUUCAGCCUCCAUAAGACACGAACAGUCACCGUCACCCUGGGAGAUGAGAGGGGCCGAGUUCAUGAGAGUGUCCAGAGGAGCAACUGCUACAUGGUGUGUGGAGCGGACGUAAUCGGUCCAUCUUCCUCCAGCCGCUCCAACUCUGACCUGGAGAUCGGCUGUCUGGUCGACCUGGCCACUGGCCUCGUCUCUUUCACUGCCAACGGCAAGGAGCUGUCCACAACAUAUCAGGUUGAGCCAAAUACCAAGCUGUUCCCAGCUGUGUUUGUACGCCCCACUAGUGCAAACCUCUUCCAGUUUGAAUUUGUCAAGAUCAAGGAUGCGAUGCCGCUCUCGUCAGCCAUUUUCAAGAGCGAGCACAGGAACCCGGUGCCGCAGUGCCCGCCACGACUGGAUGUGCAGACCAUCGUGGCCGUGCUGUGGAGCCGGAUGCCAAACACCUUCCUCCGAGUGGAGACUGCUCGGGUUAGCGAGAGGCACGGCUGGGUAGUCCAGUGUCUGGAACCGCUGCAAAUGAUGGCCGUACAUAUACCUGAGGAGAACAGGUGUUUGGACAUCCUGGAGUUAUCUGAGCAUGAAGACCUAAGAAAGUUCCACUACCACACACUGAAGCUGUACUGUGCCCUCUGUGCCCUGGGAAACACCCGCGUUGCUCACGCCCUCUGCAGCCACUUGGACCAAUCACAGUUCCUCUACAUCAUCGACAACCAGUACCUCUCUGGCAUGCUGAGAGAGGGCUUCUACAAUGUCCUUAUCAGCAUCCAUCUUGAGACGGCAAAGGAGGCUCGCCUAAUGAUGAACAACGAGUUCAUCAUCCCUGUGACGGAUGAGACUCGCUCCAUCAAGCUGUUCCCUGACGAGUCCAAGCGGCACUCGCUGCCUGGCGUGGGCUUGAGCACCUCCCUCAAACCUCGGGUCAACUUCUCCCCCGUCGGCAUCAUAAACACAAAACGCCACCAGUACCUCUACAGCCCCCAGAUCCCUCUGGGCAUCCUGAAAGAGAAAGCCAUCAGCAUGCUCACUGAGGCUGUGCAGGGUGGAGGCACGCACAUCCGAGACCCGGUAGGUGGCAGCGUACAGUACCAGUUUGUCCCCAUCCUGAAGCUGAUUGGAACUCUGUUAAUCAUGGGAGUCCUAACCAGUGAGGAGGUGAGACUGAUUCUCCUCCUGAUUGACCCCAACGUGUUCGGAGAGGUCAAGGAGGGUGAGGAAGUCAAGGGGGAUGAAGUGGCCGUGGCGGGGGAGAAGGAGGAGGUGAGCAAGAACGAGGAGAAGGCUGUGGAGGCAGGAGAGGAGGAGACAAAGGAGAGUAAACCGCCAGUUAAAGGUCUGCUGGAGAAGUCACUGCCCGAGUCUGUCAAACGCCAGAUGUGUGAGCUGCUGCACUACUUCUGUGACUGUGAGCUGAAGCACCGCAUCGAGGCCAUCGUCUCCUUCUCCGACAACUUCGUGUCCAAGCUGCAGUUCAACCAGAAGUUCCGCUACAAUGAGUUGAUGCUGGCGCUCAACAUGUCUGCCGCCGUCACUGCCAAGAAGACUAAAGAGUUUCGAUCACCCCCACAGGAGCAGAUCAACAUCCUGUUGAAUUUCAGUGCAGGGGAGGACUGCCCCUGUCCCGAGGAGAUCCAGGAUGAACUCAACUCCUUCCAUGAAGAAUUGCGACUGCACUGUGGAAUUCCCGUGGAGGAGGAAGAGGAAGAGCAGGACACUUCGAUAAAAGGCCGUCUCCUAGCUUUACUCUACAAGAUCAAAGGUCCACCUCAGAAGACAGAGGAGGAACCCACGGAGAUGGAACAGGCUGCUCCCACCAACCUGAAGGAGCUCAUCUCCCAGACCAUAACCAGCUGGGCUCAGGAGUCUCACAUCCAGGACCCAGAGCUGGUCAGAGUGAUGUUCAGCCUGCUAAGGAGACAGUAUGACGGCAUCGGGGAGCUGCUCCGGGCCAUGAAGAAAUCCUACACGAUCAGUGCCGCGUCUGUGCAGGAUGCUGUUAACCUGUUGGUAUCUCUGGGUCAGAUAAGAUCUCUGCUGUCAGUACGCAUGGGCAAGGAGGAGGAGAAACUCAUGAUUGAUGGUCUCGGUGACAUCAUGAACAACAAGGUUUUCUACCAACAUCCCAACCUGAUGAGAGUGCUGGGCAUGCACGAGACUGUCAUGGAGGUCAUGGUCAAUGUGCUGGGAGGAGACAAGUCACAGGAGAUCGCCUUCCCCAAGAUGGUGGCUAGCUGUUGUCGUUUCUUGUGCUACUUCUGUCGUAUUAGCCGCCAGAACCAGAAAGCCAUGUUUGACCACCUGAGCUACCUGCUGGAGAACAGCAGUGUCGGGCUGGCCUCUGAAGCUAUGCGGGGCUCCACUCCUCUGGAUGUUGCAGCUUCUUCAGUGAUGGACAACAACGGCCUGGCUCUGGCCCUGGAAGAGCCCGAUCUGGAGAAGGUGGUGACAUACCUGGCAGGCUGUGGUCUUCAGAGUUGUGCCAUGCUGGUUGCUAAGGGUUACCCAGAUCUCGGCUGGAACCCUAUAGAAGGAGAGCGUUACCUGUCCUUCCUGAGAUUCGCCGUCUUCUGCAAUGGUGAGAGUGUGGAGGAAAAUGCCAACGUGGUGGUGAAGCUGCUGAUCAGACGUCCAGAGUGUUUCGGCCCCGCCCUGAGGGGAGAGGGAGGUCAGGGUCUGCUAGCCGCCAUGAAGGAGGCCAUCAAGAUCUCUGACGAUCCUGCAGUGGACCUGCCCAAGACCCCCACUGGAGUCCCUACUGGGUCUGGUGAUGAAGAAGGAGAAGUUAUUCACAUGGGCAACGCCAUCAUGUCCUUCUACUCAGCUCUCAUAGACCUGCUGGGACGCUGCGCUCCAGAGAUGCAUCUUAUCAAUGCUGGUAAAGGUGAGGCGCUGCGUAUCCGGGCCAUCUUGCGCUCUCUGGUUCCCACUGUAGAUCUGGUGGGCAUCAUCAGCAUCCCCCUCAAAAUGCCUGUGGUUAAUAAAGAUGGCACAGUGACAGAGCCCGACAUGUCAGCCUGUUUCUGUCCAGACCACAAGGCCCCGAUGGUGCUCUUCCUGGAUCGAGUGUACGGCAUCGAAAACCAGAGCUUCCUGCUCCAGAUGUUGGAGGUUGGCUUCCUGCCUGACCUCCGAGCCUCGGCGUCUCUGGACACAGAGGUGUUGAGCACCACUGAGACAGCGUUGGCCAUGAACAGGUACAUCGGCUCGGCCCUGCUGCCUCUGCUGACCCGCUGUGCUGCUCUGUUUGCCAACACAGAGCACUACGCACAGCUGAUUGACUCUACGCUGCAGACUAUCUACCGGCUGUCCAAAGGCCGCUCACUCACCAAAGCCCAAAGGGACGCCAUUGAGGAGUGUCUGCUGGCUAUCUGCAAGCAUCUGCGUCCUUCCAUGAUGCAGCAGCUGCUCAGACGGCUAGUUUUCGACGUUCCCAUGCUCACUGAAUACUGCAUGAUACCUCUCCGGCUUCUGACCAGCCACUAUGAGCAGAACUGGAAGUACUACUGCCUGCCUUCUGGUAUGGGCACCUUUGGCAUAGCCUCUGAGGAGGAGCUCCUCCUAACCAAGAAACUCUUCUGGGGAAUAUUUGACUCCCUUUCUCACAAGAAGUAUGAUGCUGAACUUUUCAAAAUGGCCAUGUCAUGUCUAUGUGCCAUUGCUGGAGCCCUGCCUCCAGACUUUGUGGAUGCCAGUCUUGGAGCAACUCUGGAAAAACAGGCGUCAGUGGAUGCACAGGGCAACUUUGAUCCCAAACCCAUCAACACUACCAAUAUCUCCCUUCCUGAAAAACUUGAGUACAUUGCCAACAAAUAUGCAGAGCAUUCCCAUGACAAGUGGUCCUCGGAGAAGGUUUCAGCAGGCUGGAAAUAUGGAGACAGUGUGGAUGAGCAGGCCAAAUCUCAUCCACUGCUGAAGCCUUACAAAGCUCUGAGUGAGAAGGAGAGAGAAACAUACCGCUGGCCAGUGAGGGAGUCAUUAAAGAGCAUGCUGGCUAUGGGCUGGAACAUUGAGAGGACCAAGGAAGGAGAAGCCAUGUUCCAACAGCGAGAGAGCGAAAAACAACGAAAGAUCUCAGAGUCUCAGGUUAAUGGAUUUAGUCCUGCUCCGAUGGACUUGCACAAUGUGACCUUGUCUAGAGAGUUACAGGGCAUGGUGGAGGUGGUUGCUGAAAAUUACCACAACAUCUGGGCCAAGAAGAAGAAAACUGAACUCGUUAGCAAAGGAGGAGGGACCCACUCGCUGCUGGUUCCCUAUGACACCCUGACAGCUAAAGAGAAGUACAGAGACAGAGAGAAGGCCCAGGAUCUCUUCAAGUUUCUGCAGAUCAGUGGCUAUGCCAUCACAAGAGGUCUGAAGGACAUGGAGCAGGACUCAUCAACCAUGGAGAAGCGUUUUUGCUACAAGUUCCUCAAAAGGCUGCUGAAGUACGUCGACUCUGCCCAGGAGUUCAUCGCUCAUCUUGAGGCUAUGGCCACCAGUGGGAAGACAGACAAAUCACCUCAUGACCAGGAAAUCAAGUUCUUUGCCAAGGUGUUGCUUCCACUGACAGAUCAAACUUUAAAGAACCACUGUCUGUACUUCCUGUCCACACCCAGCAAGAACAUGAGCAGCUGUGGCUGUGCCUCCAACAAAGAGAAGGAGAUGGUCACCAGCCUGUUCUGUAAGCUGGCAGCUCUUGUCAGACACAGGAUUUCUCUCUUUGGAAGUGACUCUGCAAUGAUGGUGAGCUGCCUGCACAUCCUCACUCACUCACUUGACACCAGAACGGUGAUGAAGUCUGGCUCAGAGCUGGUCAAAGCCGGGUUUCGGUCGUUCUUUGAGAAUGCAUCGGAGGACCUGGAGAAGCUGCUGGAGAUGCUAAAACUGGGGAAGUUCAUGCAGUCCCGUGCCCAGAUGAAGAGCGUCAGCCAGAGCAUCAACUAUGUGACUGUGGCGCUGCUGCCCAUCCUCACGGCCCUGUUUGAGCACAUCAGGACACAUGAGUUUGGAGUGGACCUGCUGUUGGAUGAUGUGCAGCUGUCCUGCUACCGAAUAUUGACCUGUUUGUACUCUCUGGGAACAGGAAAGAACAUCUUUGUGGAGAGACAUCUUCCAGCACUGGGGGAGAGCCUGGCGACCCUGGUGGGAGCCAUGCCUGUGGCGUUCCUGGAGCCCCACCUAAACGCCCACAACCCGCUCUCUGUCUUCAACACCAAGACCCCACGAGAGAGAGCCAUCCUCAGUAUGCCAGACACAGUGGAGGAGAUGUGUCCAGAGAUGCCUCGUCUUGACAGACUGCUGAAAGAUGUCAACGAUGUCUCAGAGUCUGGAGCUCGCUACAGUGACAUGCCACAGGUCAUUGAGGUGAUCCUUCCCAUGCUGUGUAACUAUUUGUCCUACUGGUGGGAGAAAGGUCCAGAGAACUCACCUCCAGGUGCCCAGUGCUGCACUACGGUGACCUCUGAACACCUCAGCAUCAUCCUGGGAAACAUCCUCAAGAUCCUCAACAACAACCUGGGCAUCGAUGACGCCCCCUGGAUGAAGAGGAUUGCAGUCUACUCUCAGCCAAUCAUCUGCAAGGCUGGAGCAGAUCUGCUGAGAACCCACUUCCUGCCCACACUGGACAAACUGAAGAAGAAGACAGUGAAGGUUGUGGCUGAAGAGGAGCUGCUGAAGGCUGACGGUAAAGGUGACAACCAGGAGGCCGAGCUGCUCAUCCUGGAUGAGUUUGCUGUGCUCUGCAGAGACCUCUAUGCUUUCUACCCCAUGCUCAUCCGUUAUGUGGACAACAACAGGUCCAGGUGGCUGAAGGGGCCGGAUGCCGACUCUACUGAGCUCUUCAGGAUGGUGGCUGAGAUCUUCAUCCUCUGGUGCAAGUCCCAUAACUUUAAGCGUGAAGAGCAAAACUUUGUGGUUCAGAAUGAGAUCAACAAUUUGGGCUUCUUGACUGGAGAGGGCAAGACGAAGAUGUCCAAGUCAGGGGGGGACCAGGAGAGGAAACACAAGCGCCGUCGAGGUGAGUACUACUCCAUCCAGACCUCUCUGAUCGUAGCUGCCCUGAAGAAGAUGCUGCCCAUCGGCCUCAACAUGUGCACCCCAGGAGACCAGGAGCUCAUCUCCCUUGCCAAGAUUCGCUACAGUCUGAGAGACACAGAUGAUGAGGUGAAGGAUCACUUGCGUCAGAAUCUCCAUCUCCAGGACAAAUCUGAUGACCCCGCAGUCCAGUGGCAGCUGAACCUGUACAAGGACGUGGUGGUGAAGAGCGAGGAACCUGCAAACCCAGAACACACAGUGGACCGAGUGCAGAGCAUCUCUGCUGCACUCUUUCACCUGGAGCAGGUGGAACAGCCUCUGAGAAAUAAGAAGUGUGUGUGGCAGAAGCUGCUGUCCAAACAGCGUAAGCGUGCUGUGGUGGCUUGUUUCCGCAUGGCUCCACUCUACAAUCUACCCAGGCAUCGCGCUAUCAACUUCUUCAUCCCGGCCUAUCAGAGACUUUGGAUAGAGGCAGAGGAGUACUCCUUUGAGGAGAAGCUAGUUCAGGAUCUGGCAGUAAGUACUGGGCUCGCCUUGCCCUUGCCCCACGUGCCCUGCGUUGGCACCCCUCUGCCAGUCCUGUCUGCCGAAUGCUUCUUUAGCUCCGUGCCUGUCGAGCCUUGGGAGCGCGCCCGGGUGGGGACCUCGCCCAAAGCACCCAGGGGCACCCGCUCUAGGCGUGCAAAACCCUUCAAACAGAGAUCCGUCAGGGGUCAGAGGCUGCAUGACCAACUCAGGAGACACAGGGCCAGCUCCGGCGCUCACAGCUCUAGAAAAGCAGGCUAUGCCUUUCUGACAGCAGUGAAAACGCCGAUGAAAAUUGUGGAGGAGGAGGAAGAAGAGGUGGCUGAGAUCCAGCCAGACCCUCUCCACCAACUUAUUCUCCACUUCAGCCACAACGCUCUGACAGAGAGAAGUCACUUGGAAGAAGAUCCUUUGUAUAUUGCGUAUGCAGACAUGAUGGCAAAGAGCUGUGCAGAGGAUGAGGAGGAAGAAGAGGAGGAAGAGAAAGAAAAGACUUUUGAGGAAAAGGAGAUGGAAAAGCAGAAGAUCCUGUAUCAGCAGGCGAGGCUGCAUGCCCGUGGGGCCGCUCAGAUGGUGCUGCAGAUGAUCAGCGCCAGUAAAGGUCGUCUGGGCCCGAUGGUGACCUGCACCCUCAAACUGGGAAUCUCCAUCCUAAAUGGAGGCAAUGUGCAAGUUCAGCAGAAAAUGCUUGAUUACCUGAAAGAGAAAAGAGAUGCAGGCUUUUUCAAGAGUCUCUCAGGACUGAUGCAGUCUUGCAGUGUCUUGGACUUGAAUGCAUUUGAAAGGCAGAACAAAGCAGAAGGACUUGGCAUGGUGACAGAUGAAGGUUCAAUCCACACUGAGCGGGGUUCCAAAGUGCUACAGAACGAUGACUUUACUAAAGAUCUGUUCCGGUUUUUGCAACUUCUGUGCGAGGGGCACAAUGGAGAUUUCCAGAACUUCCUGAGAACCCAAACUGGAAACACAACCACAGUCAACAUCAUCAUCAGCACUGUGGACUAUCUGCUCCGUCUUCAGGAAUCAAUCAGUGACUUCUACUGGUACUACUCUGGCAAAGAUGUCAUUGAUGAGACUGGAAAAGUCAACUUCUCCAAAGCUUUAUCUGUUGCCAAGCAGAUAUUCAACUCAUUGACUGAGUAUAUUCAGGGCCCAUGUCUUGGGAACCAGCAGAGUUUAGCUCACAGCAGACUGUGGGAUGCAGUUGUGGGAUUCUUGCAUGUAUUUGCCAACAUGCAAAUGAAGCUGUCUCAGGACGCCAGUCAGAUUGAGCUGUUGAAGGAGCUGAUGGAUUUACAGAAGGACAUGAUUGUCAUGUUGCUGUCUCUGCUAGAGGGUAAUGUGGUGAACGGAACAAUUGGAAAGCAGAUGGUUGACACCCUGAUGGAGUCUUCUAACAAUGUGGAGAUGAUCCUCAAGUUCUUCGAUAUGUUCCUCAAACUGAAGGACUUGACGACCUCUGACAGCUUCAGAGAGUAUGACCCUGACUAUAAAGGCAUUAUCUCAAAAAAGGAGUUCCAGAAGUCAAUGGAGAACCAGAAGCAGUACAGCCAGUCUGAGAUCGAAUUCCUGCUCUCAUGUGCAGAGGCCGAUGAGAAUGACAUGUUCAGUUACAAGGAGUUUGUGGAGCGAUUCCACGAGCCGGCCAAAGAUAUCGGCUUCAACGUGGCAGUGCUGUUGACCAACCUGUCCGAACAUAUGCCACACGACUCCAGACUCACCACCUUCUUAGACCUGGCAGAGAGUGUACUUAGCUACUUCGAGCCUUAUCUGGGUCGUAUUGAAAUCAUGGGCAGUGCAAAGCGGAUCGAGAGGGUGUACUUUGAGAUCAGCGAGUCGAGUCGUGAGCAGUGGGAGAAACCACAGGUCAAAGAGUCCAAGCGUCAGUUCAUCUUUGAUGUGGUCAACGAGGGCGGAGAGAGCGAGAAGAUGGAGAUGUUUGUAAAUUUCUGUGAGGACACCAUUUUUGAAAUGCAGCUGGCCUCGCAGAUCUCUGAGCCAGAUGUGGUUGAACAACCUGAGGAAGAGGAAGAUGAAGAUGGACACAGUAUCCUGGACGAGCUGGCCGGAGAGGAAGAGGGCGCCCUAGAGUCUGCCUCAGCCUUCACCACUGCAUGCCGCUCAGUCAAGAAGAAGAUUGGCAAUGUCCGCCAAGUCUUUUCCGUUAAAAACGUGCGCAAGCAGUUUAAGAAAAUCAAGAAGCUGAGCAUCAAGGAGAUUAUCACAGGCUUCUUCUCCUUUUUCUGGAUGCUCUUCACAGGCUUCUUCAAGGGAAUCUACGGCCUCAUAUUUGGGUUCUUCCACGUCAUCUGGUCCUCCAUGUUUGGCGGUGGCCUGGUUGAGGGAGCCAAGAACAUAAAGGUGACAGACAUCCUCGGAAAUAUGCCUGACCCGACCCAGUUUGGUAUCCAUGGAGAUGUUAUUGAAGUAGAGAAAGUGGAGGCCAUAGAGUCAUCAGGAAGCUUAGAUAUAGCCAUGACACCAGCAGGCGACAUAGCAGAGGUCGACAUGAUGUUGGAGAUGCUGACGAUGCCCAAGAGAGAAGGAGGAAAACAUGUGGAACCGGGCCUGGGUGAUGUUUCUGAGUUGAGUGCAGAGACGUCCACUACUGAUCACAAAAAGAAAGCUGCUGCCAAGCCUGUUGAAACCCCCGAGAGUGAACCAGAGAAAGCAGACACAGAGAACCAGGAGAAAGAGGAUAAGCCAAAGGAGGAGGAGGCUAAGGAGCCAGUGACGGAGGAGAAGCCCAAGACCAGAUCGAGUCUGCCUAAAGAGGCGGCGCCUGUCUUCAUGUCAAGUAUCUUUGCUUUUCUGGACGUCUAUCUGACCAAGAUGCUGAAUUACCUGGCUCGUAACUUCUACAACCUGCGUUUCUUGGCUCUGUUUGUGUGCUUUGCCAUCAACUUCAUUCUUCUCUUCUACAAGGUCACUGGUGAAACCGAUGAAGAAAUAGAUGAUGAAAACCGCUGGGGUGGUGAUGAGGAGGAUGAUGUGAACACACUCUUCGAUAUGGAUGAGUUUGUCCUGCAGGAGAGCAGCGGCUACAUGUUACCAACCCUGCGCUUCCUGGCUAUAUUCCACACUGUCAUCUCCCUCGUCUGUUUGUUCGGAUACUACUGUCUGAAGGUUCCUUUGGUGGUGUUCAAGAGGGAGAAGGAGAUUGCCAGGAAGCUUGAAUUCGACGGCCUCUACAUCACUGAACAGCCGUCCGACGAUGAUAUCAAGGGCCAGUGGGAUCGACUCGUCAUCAACACCCCGUCUUUCCCCAGCAACUACUGGGACAAGUUUAUCAAACGCAAGGUGAUCAACAAAUACGGUGACCUGUAUGGAGCUGAACGCAUCGCUGAGCUCUUAGGAUUAGAUAAGAGCGCUCUGGACUUUGACCCCACAGUGGAGACUGUAGAGAAGGAAGCUUCCCUGCUCUCCUGGCUGAGCUCUAUUGAUACAAAGUACCACAUCUGGAAACUGGGCGUGGUUUUGACUGACAAUUACUUCCUGUAUCUGAUCUGGUACACCACCAUGUCCAUUUUUGGACACUUCAACAACUUCUUCUUUGCUGCCCAUCUGCUGGACAUCGCCAUGGGCUUCAAGACUCUUCGCACUAUCUUGUCUUCUGUCACUCAUAAUGGCAAGCAGCUUGUGCUGACUGUGGGUCUGCUGGCCGUGGUUGUCUAUCUCUACACCGUGGUGGCCUUCAACUUCUUCAGGAAGUUCUACAAUAAGAGCGAGGAUGAAGACGAGCCCGACAUGAAGUGUGACGAUAUGAUGACAUGUUAUUUGUUCCACAUGUACGUGGGUGUGAGAGCUGGAGGUGGUAUUGGAGACGAGCUGGAGGACCCAGCUGGAGACCCCUAUGAGCUUUACCGCAUCCUGUUUGACAUCACCUUCUUCUUCUUUGUCAUUGUCAUCCUGCUGGCCAUCAUUCAGGGUUUGAUCAUUGAUGCCUUUGGUGAGCUGAGAGACCAGCAGGAGCAGGUGAAGGAGGACAUGGAGACCAAAUGCUUCAUCUGUGGCAUUGGGAAUGACUACUUUGACCGGACGCCUCAUGGGUUUGAAACCCACACCUUACAAGAGCACAACCUAGCUAACUACCUGUUCUUCCUGAUGUACCUGAUUAACAAGGAUGAGACUGAACACACGGGUCAGGAGUCGUAUGUGUGGAAGAUGUACCAGGAAAGAUGCUGGGACUUCUUCCCUACUGGAGACUGCUUCCGUAAGCAAUAUGAGGACCAGUUGGGUUAGAGAGGGCAGCUACUAGUCUGGUGCCCCAAACACCCCUCUAUACUUUCCUUUUAUCUGAAAGAGACACUGAACUUGACUUCACCCUGUUAUCCUGAACACUCGCCGGACUUUCUCUGCUGCCAUGGUGUCAAAAUCAAUCAUUUUGAAUUCAGAUACACAAAACAUAAUUUUAAGAAGAACAACUGGACAUUUCAGGUUUGUGCAUCAAAGUCCUCUUCCUUGUUACAGAAAAAAGUCACUUACCACGACGCCUCUUUUAUGCAAAUUCUUAUUUUGAUUCACAUUGCCUUUUCACUUGCUUAACCCCAACCUGUUACACAAUUUGUUGCGUGUAGACAUUUGAUACACGUGGAGGGUUACAGCAUGACAACUGAAUGUUUGAAUAUGCACAAUUUCUAGAUUAAUGCCAGGAUGUUAGUGUCACUUAUUACCAAACCACCUGGAUGGAUGUGUGCUGCUAGCAUUGAUCACUACUGAUCCAGUUAACAUCAAAUGACAUGAGUGAGACCCGAUCUGCCUUUCAAACCUGUCAAAUGAAAUAAAGAGUUACAGAAGAUGGUUCUUCCAGGACCAGGCGAUUUACUGUAGGUGUUUAUCAAGUGCCGAUGUGCCUUAUGAGAAACUAUGCAAAAAAAAAAAAGUAAUCGUUUGUGUUCCUCCUGACACAAGCAGUGCUCUAGUUCUGGAUUAGUUACAAGCAGAUUUAGCUCAAGCUAGUUUUGUGGCUUUUAAAUAAAAUUUCAAAAAAAUUGUUGUAUAAAAUCUAGAUGAUCCUUGUGUAAAUGUUGCUUAGUUUGGUUUCCAAGCUGUGGUGUCCUGCCCGCCUGCACUUCUUUCCACAGUAGAAGAGCCCCACAUCAGAGAAAAAUGAAAAAACAAAACUUCAAGGAUUUAUUGACGACAAAAUGGUUAACUGCUAUUGUAUGGCCAUUUGUAUGUAUGUAGUAGCUUUGGUAAACUGCAUUUCUUUUGAUGAGGGGGAGGAAAUGAAUAAAGUAAUUGACGCAAUAAA